AUGGCAGCUGCAUAUUUUGAGGGCACCGUUCUCCCCGCUGGCGACACACUGGACGUUGAGAAGGCAGCGGAAAGGCUGCGGAAAGCCAUGAAAGGUCUAGGUACGGAUGAGAAUGUCAUCAUCGAUGUUCUGUCCAAUCAUUGUAAUUCAGAGAGGCAGAUGAUCAAGUCCAUGUACAAAACCAUGUACGGCAGGGUUAUUAUUCAUGAUCUUCAGGACGAGUUAAGCGGCCAUUUUGAGACGCUCUGUUUGUACUUCUUGAUGCCGAGUCGUAAUUUUGAUGCACACUGCCUUUACCUAGCAAUGAAGAGCCUGGGGACAAAGGAAUCCACACUAAUCGAAAUUCUUGUCAGUCGGACUCCAUCUCAACUUGAAGAAAUCAGAGAAAACUACAGAAAGAACUACGGCCAUGAGCUGGAGGCAGCAAUAAAAGGGGAAACUAGUGGUGACCUUGAACGUGUACUCGUUUCUCUACUUCAAGGUCAGCGAAGCCAAGAACCAGAAAUUGACGUGGAAUUGGUAAAGAAAGAUGCUGAAGACCUAUAUAAUGCAGGAGAGGGUAACCGAAUGGGUACCGAUGAAACAGUCUUCAAUAAAAUUCUUGUUAACCGAAGUAUGGGUCAUCUCAGGAGAACAUUCGAGGAGUAUCGGAAACUGGAUGACCAAGACAUAGAGGGCGCUGUGGCGGCCGAAACUAGCGGAAACUUGAAGAGGGCUUUUUUGGCAAUAGUUCGAUUUGUGAGGAGCCCUCUGGAAUACUUUGCCGAAUGUUUCCACGAGUCUUUUAAAGGAUCUGGGACGGAUGACGAGCGACUUAUGCAACUUGUUGUCAGCCACUCGGAGGUGGACAUGAAAGACAUCAAAAGAGUGUAUGCUGAAAAAUACAGCCAGACUUUGUACUCAGCCAUUAAAGGGGAGACAAGUGGAGAUUACAGGAAGUUGCUCCUGAGCACUGUGGGAGAAUGAUGUCCAAGUUUUGAGCCAAAAUCAGUAAAAACAAGCCAACUAAGUUGAACAUCUGUAACAGCUUUUAAAUUAUCACAUCUACAGGAAUGUCCUUGUUAUGGGUGGACAUUCUGACCAGUAGACCAUCCAGGAAUUUCCUUGUUGGUCUACUGCUAGAAAUAUACAGCAGCCUAUCGUUUCAACAUACAGUUAUUGCUUUAAAACCUCAUGUCACACAUUGGACACAGGAAGCAUAUGCGUAUCACAUCACUUGCUGAAUCACUUCACUUGUCAGGUUCCUUCACCGAGCAACCAUGGCUAUCUGUCUUUCUAUCACAUUAUCAUACAAGCAAUCAAGUAAAAUUACUGUGAACACACUGGCAGCCUUUGAAAGCACCACAAACUUGUUCAAAAAUUACCAUUGUUUUGCCUCUGACAACUCUUGGCUGACAAUGACUCUA